GGGGCCCAGAACCCCCACACAAACGUGUCCCCAUUCGAAGAUCAAAGAGGCAACACACAUUUGUGUGCCGCACGGCCUCCACACCGCGAGCGCCACGCUCCCGCUCAAUCUUCUCAGCCUCCAAAACGGAUUCCCCGCACCCCACAGUUUCUCGCCUUCCCAAUCAUAGUCCUCCUCGGCAACCGGGGCGCCAGUCGCCUGCAGGGCGCCGUCACCCGCCGCAGUGCGCCCAUCGAACGCAGCCGCACUGAAGAUGCCACGCGGCAGCGGGCCGACAAGCUGCAUGCGACCCGCGACCGCCUCCCACUACUUCUUUUGCUCCUGCGCGGGAUGAUGGCGCGCGUCCGCCGGGCACACGUCGCCUUCGCCUCCUUCUCGUCGCGGCAGCGCAUGGUGGGGGGAGGCAGAGAUGCAGUCGCAUCGCCAGUGCUCUGGAGUUAUUUCCCUUUGCGGACGCCAACACGCAAUCAUGCCCCACCCACAAGGCCGUAA